UGUCAGAAACAAAGGACUCGAUGAGCCAUGGGGACGUGAUAUGAUUUAAAGAACUAGAAAGGAAGGAAAUCGUCUGAGAUACUUACGAGAUUCUGAAUAGAUAAAACUACCAAAGAUAUCGGAUAAAUUACAUCGGACACGAUGAUCACUCGAGCGAAACUCUGGUGGAAGCUGCUACACUCCGGCCAGCAGAAAGGUGUAUUCGCUGGACUGGCAGCACAUUCUGGACAAAUAUCCGUGGGACUCGUUCAGGGAUUCAGCGCCAUCUUGGUACCGAAGCUAUUGGAGUCUCACAAUGCGAGCGAAGAUCAAACUUCUUGGAUCGCUGCUUUAGGUGUUGCAUCGAACCCUCUCGGAUCGGUGAUGUCUGGACUAUGCGCGGAAUGGUUUGGAAGAAGAUCGGCUAUCGCGUUGGCUUGUUUACCCUAUGCCGGGGGAUGGUUGUUCAUAGCGUUGUCGAAGGACGUGACUAUGUUGUACGUAGGCAGAUUCAUCAGUGGAAUCGGUAUUGGUAUGGCGAAUGGCCUGUACCUGUACGUUAGCGAGACUGCUGCACCGCACCAAAGAGCUUGGUUGGGAAGUUGUGGACCAGUUCUAGUCUCGGUUGGCGUUCUGAUGAUUUAUUCGUUGGGUGCUUUCACUACGUGGCAAAGGGCUGCUGCGAUUAGUAUCGGACCUGCUAUACUGUCACUGGCACUGUCGCGAAUGAUUCCGGAAACACCAGCUUGGUUAGUCGCUCGAGGUCGCGAAGAAGAGGCAAAAGAGUCUCUGCUGUGGUUGCGAGGAUCUGGUUUAAGCACCGACAAAGAGUUCGAGGAACUUUGCGAGGCGAAUGUGAAGCGAGAGGAAAGGAAAGAGAGUCUGUUCAAAGCUCUUCAUACGCCAAACGUGUGGAAGCCUUUCCUCGUCCUGCUCACUUUCUUCACACUGCAGCAAAUGUCAGGGAUUUAUAUAAUCCUCUUCUACACGGUGAACAUUCUUAAAGAUAUCGGUAUCGAGUUAAACGAAUACUCAGCAAGCGUUGGAAUCGGUGUGAUUAGGUUGUUCGCGUCAGUAGCUGGUGCUGGUUUUGCGAACAGCUGCGGCAGAAAAAUACUGGCCUUCAUCAGCGGUCUAGGAAUGGCCAUCUCUGCUGUAGGCGUUGCUCUAUCUUACAGGUUCAAUUUGCCAUCUGUGGUAUCCUUGGCAUGCAUCGGAGGCCACGUGGGCUGGUCUAUGAUAGGAUUUCUCACUUUACCGUGGGUAAUGACUUCUGAACUGUACCCGCUAAGGUUCAGAGGACCUUUGGGAGGCAUUACCACUAGUAUGGUACAGAUCUUGACGUUUGCAACCAUCAAAUUGUAUCCGACGGUGCAUACGUUCGUUGGCGUCGAAAUAACGAUGUGGAUAUUCACUGCAGCUGCUAGCCUAGGGGCUCUGUUUGCCUUGACGAUUCUGCCUGAAACCAGAGAUCGAAGCCUGGAUGAAAUAGAAAACGGAUUCUCCAAAAAGUCGAAAUCGAAAUCCUCUAACGGCACCGCGUCGAGCAUCUGUAACCAACCCAAAAAUAUUACGCUUCAGAAAUUUGCUUCCAUCACGGAGGAAAAACAUAAUAUGACUACGAAUGCGUAUGCCUACGAUAAUUUCUGUUUGGACCUAACCGCCGACGAUACAGAGAAAAAUAGAAAGGAUCCUUCGAAUGACUCUGACGGAAAUCGCGAUGUUACUCAUACAAUCUCGUUGGAGCACGUUUAUUUCUAACGAAGAGCAAUGAAUCACGAACACGGUGGACUCUUUUCUAUAAGAAAUCGAUUGCCAGUCAUUGCUAGAAAUAAACAUUUCUCUGACUCUAUUCGUAUUGUGAUAUCUUAUCGAUGCUGUAAGUGUGAUGUAUUUAUUGCGUAAGUCGUAUUUUGUAUUACACAAAAAAUUCACCAGUAUUGCAUACAUUCCUGUGCCCCUUUUAAAUGUGUUCUUAUAAACAACGAAACGAGUAAUUGUGACUCUUAGUAAGCCUAUAAGAAUCUAAUAUUUGGGAAUAAUUGUAAUUUAAUCAUCGAUUGUUAAUACGAUACGUAACGUAUGGUGCAACGAUAAACACGAUUUUGUUGAGCAUUGUGAUCGAAUGACGAAAAAUAAGAAUACCAUGCGAUUACUAGUAAUAAUAUAUA